AUGAAAACUGAGCACUUUGGUCCACUCGACACCGACUUCUUGACGCCUCUCGUGACUAGCAACGCGACUAAUCGCUCUACAAGCACCAGCCCGCAACCUCGAUACCACCUUACAGAGUCAAGCGCGCGUCGUCACUCAGUCGACUCUAUGUCGCUCUACUCAUGGGAGCAACCCGCGCCGAAACCACGCUACUACGCUCAGGCGCUGUCUGUAGAGGACCUGAAAGCGCUCGCACGAGGCGAGAAGAACCACAACCUCCAAGAGUGGUCGGACGAGCGCCUUUUCACUCACCAUGGGGAUCGCAGGGGCUUGAUACCUCAGGCCAUGCCCUUGGAAGAGAAGAUGAUCGCGCUCGCGAACAUUGACCACGAGAUGCAGCAAAGCCAGCGCGCUGUUCCCAAGACGAAGGAGAAGGAUGAAGAACACAGUCGCACACAAUUUUGGCAGUCUUCCCAGUCGACCUAUGACCUGCGCUCUCCUAUGCUGCCACCUCCGCUGCCUCGGUCAACACUAGAUACACAACCUGAGGAGUACGAAGAGCCGCGCAACCGUCGCUACUCACACGCUCGUGCAGCUAGCAGCGGAGACUACUUCUACCAGCCCUCCAGCCCCCGCACAAGCGCAUACAACACCCGUCGUAUAUCGCCUCUAGCAAGCCCAUCAGGCCCGUCAUCGUCUAGCUCUUCGAACCAUGUACGCAGCCCUCUGAACCAAGAAGUUCUCUUCCGCGCUAACCCAGCGACAACGUUCGACUCUUUCCUCGUGCCACACAAGUCUGGUACAGGUGAGGUCCUUGCGGAGUCCAAGAACGCGAUGAAGGAUAAGACACCGACGGCGAGCCUGAGCCCAAGUCCGAAGGCGUUGGCGAAGGUUAGACGGUUGACGAAGAUGCCGUCGAUGCCGCUGCUGCGGAAGCGUAGUAGUGGUUCGUGA